CUUCUCGCUCUGCGGGAGGAGGGAUGAUCGCGCUUCAGCAAAUCUUCCUGAAUUUGGACCGAAUGUUAUGAAUCCUCGACGCGGGACGCCCCUCAUCACUACUUUAGUGGACGAAAACAUCAUUCGUGCAAUCUUCGUGACUUCGGUUGGAGUCGUCUCGUGCACGUUGAAGCUUCUCGGCCUAGCUUAGUUUAGCUUAGCUUGCUAACAAAGAGACACGUUUUGAUCAACACUUCGCUAAGCAGAGAUUAAGCGGGAGAGCGGAAAGUGUUGUGAUCGUCGUGUGAAAAUGUGUUCAAGAAGUACAGCGGAGUACGAGGAGGAACUCUGCGGCCCAAAAGAGGAGAAGGAGCCACAACGUCAACGACUGGACGCUGUGUUCAAUCGGCAGCCUCGAACUGUCCCACGCAGAGCAGACAUCACUGAAGAUCUUCGUACUGAGCGGCAGGAGCCAGAGCUCCCUCACAUCAAAGAGGAGGAGGAGCCCAUUUCGAUUAAAAAAGAAGAGGAAGAAGCGCGCCCUCACGUCAAACCGGUAGAGGAGGAGAAGGAUAUCACCAAGUUUCCAUUGACUGGUGUCCCUAUGAAGAGUGAAGAUGAAGGUCAACGUGAGGAGAGCAGAGGGGCGGAGCCUCCAAGCAGCAGCUCAAGUCAACACAUGGCAACAGAAGGUGAUGGAGACAGCUGUGGAGGAUCGCAACCAGAUGGCCUCUUAGCUCCACUAUCAGAUAGUGACGACAUGACGUCACACUCUCCUGACACUGAUGAUGAUGAUGAUAGACAGUCUGAAAGUGCUUUGACAUGUCACACUGAAAACAAACGAUGGAAAUGUUCUCAUUGUGGGAAAACGUUCGCUAAUGAGAGCAUUUUGAAACAACACGUGAGAACACACACUGGAGAAAAACCUUUUUCCUGCUCAGUUUGUUGUCAAAGAUUCACUCGGAAGGGACACUUAAAAAUGCACACAAGAACCCACACUGGAGAGAAACCUUUUUCCUGCUCAAUUUGUGGUCAAAGAUUCUCUGAAAAGGGAAGUUUAAUAAAACACACAAGAACCCACACUGGUGAGAAACCUUUUUCCUGCCCAGUUUGUGGUCAGAAAUUCACUCAGAAGGGACACUUAAAAAGGCACACAAGAACCCACACUGGAGAGAAACCUUUUUCCUGCUCAAUUUGUGGUCAAAGAUUCUCUGAAAAAGGAAAUUUUAAAAAACACACAAGAACCCACACUGGGGAGAAACCUUUUUCCUGCACAGUUUGUGGUCAAAGAUUCUCUGAAAAGGGAAGUUUAACAAAACACACAAGAACCCACACUGGUGAGAAACCUUUUUCCUGCACAGUUUGUGGGAAAAGAUUCUCUGAAAAGGGAAAUUUAAUAAAACACACAAGAAUCCACACUGGUGAGAAACCUUUUUCCUGCACAGUUUGUGGUCAAAGAUUCUCUGAAAAGGGAAGUUUAACAAAACACACAAGAACCCAUGCAGGAGAGAAACCUUUUCCAUGCUCAGUUUGUGGUCAAAGAUUCGAUUUGAAGGGAAGUUUAAUAAAACACAAACGAACCCACGCUGGUGAGAAACCUUUUUCCUGCCCAGUUUGUGGUCAGAGAUUCACUCAGAAGGGACACUUAAAAAGGCACAGAAGAAGCCACACUGGAGAGAAACCUUUUUCCUGCUCAAUUUGUGGUCAAAGAUUCUCUGAAAAGGGAAAUUUUAAAAAACACACAAGAACCCACACUGGAGAGAAACCUUUUUCCUGCACAGUUUGUGGUCAAAGAUUCUCUGUAAAGGGAAGUUUAACAAAACACACAAGAACCCACACUGGUGAGAAACCUUUUUCCUGCACAGUUUGUGGUAAAGGAUUCUCUGAAAAGGGAAAUUUAAUAAAACACACAAGAAUCCACACUGGCGAGAAACCUUUUUCCUGCACAGUUUGUGGUCAAAGAUUCUCUGAAAAGGGAAGUUUAACAAAACACAGAAGAACCCACGCUGGAGAGAAACCUUUUUCAUGCUCAGUUUGUGGUCAAAGAUUCUAUUUGAAGGGAAGUUUAAUAAAACACAAACGAACCCACGCUGGUGAGAAACCUUUUUCCUGCCCAGUUUGUGGUCAGAGAUUCACUCAGAAGGGACACUUAAAAAGGCACACAAGAACCCACACCGGAGAGAAACCUUUUUCCUGCUCAAUUUGUGGUCAAAGAUUCUCCGAAAAAGGAAAUUUUAAAAAGCACACAAGAACCCACACUGGAGAGAAACCUUUUUCCUGCACAGUUUGUGGUCAAAGAUUCUCUGUAAAGGGAAGUUUAACAAAACACACAAGAACCCACACUGGUGAGAAACCUUUUUCCUGCACAGUUUGUGGUAAAAGAUUCUCUGAAAAGGGCAAUUUAAUAAAACACACAAGAAUCCACACUGGCGAGAAACCUCUUUCCUGCACAGUUUGUGGUCAAAGAUUCUAUUUGAAGGGAAGUUUAAUAAAACACAAAAGAACCCCCACUGAAGAGAAACCUUGUGCCUGCUCAGUUUGUGGUCAAAGAUUCACUUGAAAAACUCCCCACUUGUCCGAUUUGGAGGUGAACUCUUGGCUCAGUCAAUUAAAUAAGUGGCUCAAAGAAGUGUGUACUGCGUUGUCUGUGAGUUUCAUUGACAAUUUCCGCGUUUUUUGGGAGCACAGACAUCUUUACAAGGCAGACUGUUUCAUCUAAAUAGACAAGGGGUUAGGUGAUUCGCUGCCAACAUUUUUUCUGUGUACGUCAUUUACCGGCCUGAAAAGAAAACCGUGGCCAUUUUGACACGGCUGAAGGACAAAAGGAUGCAGUUGUUCCCGAGAGAUAAGGCGACAUGAGGCGCAGACGGAUUCAUCAGCGUCAUCCAAACAAUCGGAGGAUUCACACCACGAUCUUCGUCCCAUCCCCCCUCGCCUGAAACCGCCAUCCACUAAGAUGCGAAGGGCCCUUCCUCCCACCCAUGAAGAAUCUUAUCUGCGAAUCUGACUGAUAUCUGCGGGAUCUUUUCCAUAAUAAGUCAGACCCAAAAGGAGAUCAGGCAUUUUUUUGAUCCCUGUAAUUACAAGGGACAUAAAGUUGGUCAAAGAAAUAGGGCACAAAAAAUGUAGAACUACAAAUUUAGUGAGGAUAAAAUGUGAGUCUAUCAAACCACUGUCUCCAGUUAUCUCUGCGAGACUUGCUCUUUUCAGUAUCAGGUCACUGGGUAAUAAAUCAAUGAUGAUUAAUGACAUCAUUACAAAAUAUAAUCUGGAUCAUCGCCUGUCACCGUGCGGGACCUAGGUUCAAGACCCCGACCGGACCAUCCUCCAACAUCCCCCGGACUCACGGCUGUGGUGUCCUUGAGCAAGACACCGAUACCCCGAAAUGCUCCCCGGGCGCUUCAGCUGCCCCCUGCUCCAGUGUGUUACACUAACGUGUAUGUGUUCACUGCGAUGGGUAAAAGGCAGAGAAAAUAUUUCGUGUGCAUGCAUGCAUGUUCAUGACAAUAAAGGUGAUUUUUCUUCUUCUUCUCUAAUACAAUUUUAAAUGAGGCAAAAGCAGCAAAUUUUUGUUUUAAGUGUCGAAUAGGGUGGUAAUGCUGUUAUUUUUAAGUCAUUAUUUCAGUGUAAAUAAAUUAUACUGGGUGAUUUUUAGCUCUUUUGAAUCUCUGUUUUUAAGUUAAAGGUGACCCAAAGGUUAUUGUUUUAAUAAUUUAUGGACCUCCAAGAUAGAAUAGAACAUUUCUGGAGGAUAUUUCAAAACUGCUGUCAGUUAUUUGUACUGACUACAACUAUUUUUUCAUAACGGGAGACUUUAACAUUCAUGUUGACAAUAACAUAGGAACAAAAUCUAAAGAACUCCCUGCUAUACUAGACACAUUUGACCUCUCUCCACAUGUUAAGAGUCAAGGUCACAUCUUAGAUCUGGUCAUCUCUAAGGAUGUUGAAAUUCUAUCAAUUG